AUGGGGAUGAGAGGCGUGGCUAGUGGCGGCGGCGGCGGCGGUGGUGGUGGUGGCGGCUAUCGAAACCCUUGCCUCACCAUGCACCAGCCAUGGGCCUCGUUGCUGGUCCACGGGAUCAAGCGCGUCGAGGGCAGGUCUUGGCCUGCGCCUCUUGCUGGUAUUUUCUUUCCUUGUCGCCGACGAUGCUGUGGCGGGUGCUGAGAUGUGUUCUUUUUUGUUUUUUCAUACACGAUUUUCCUAAGAACCCCCCCCCUCUCAGAUUCCUUUCAUGGCGUGUAUUAUUAAUGUGCAGUUCCCGGAGAUAGUCAUUUUGCAUCAUAUAUAACGGAUUCCCUGGCUCGGACCGGAGAACCAAUGUCACUCGAUUAUUAUCAAACUGACAAAUUGACCACAAUUUACUUUAAAGCAUAUACCUUCUUUUUUCCUCGUCCACUCGCAGCAUGGUCACUGAUGAAUUUAUGGGUAAAUGAUAUCUAGUUGAGAGAGUCCUCCCUAGACUAAUGUUCUGUGUUUGUCGGGCUUUCAUGCGUUUGAAAAUUUGACCACAGUCAUCCAUUGUCUGGCCUUUUGGGAGACUAUCUCUGGAAGGGUUUUUUGAGGUUACAAAGCAUCACAAAUGCAUAGCUAUAGGAUGAGGAAUAUCGUGGUGCCUUUAGCUUACAUUUGUUGUGUGAGUCAAUGGGUCAUCCAGAUGUAUUCAUCUCAUCUGUUUUUCAGUCUUGUUGAAUCUUUGUUCCAUUUUUAGAUUGUAUCUAUCUGUAUCAAUGUAAUAUACUCCCAUUAUGGAUUCUUGGUGUGAACGAGUCCAUUGGGUAUUGGGGAUGUCAAUACUAGAUAGAUAUGUCAGAUACAGGAAAAACAAGGUUGGAGAGUGAAAGUUGCGGACGGUGACAAAUCUAAAGGUAGAUCUUGAAAUGUUUGAUGAUCAGUGGACACGGAACGGAAGAAUUUGUUCUGAUGAUGCAUUUAGAAAUGUGACCAUAUCGUAGACUUAUACUAGAACCUGUGGGGUGAGAAAAAGGAAGAAGAGUAUGUGAUUUCUUAUUUUGUUUAUGUGGUCCGUGACCUAGAGGUCAUUGGCAAGUCAUGAUGAUGGGUCUCCUUUUGUAUAUAUUAUAGGUCUAGGGCUUGUCAUAGCGACAGAUUGUAAGGAUGAUGAAAAUUUUCGUCCUGGUUGUUACUCAUGCUGGUUAUAAACCUUGAUUAUUUUUUCAGCAGAUUAUAUAAUUUUACGUCUUAUCCCUUUUGAAGGUCGCCUUUGGAUUCAUGCUGCUUCAAAGGUUCCAGAGCCCACCGCAAUUAAAGCAGUGGAGGACUUCUACAGAGAAAUAUAUGCAGUGAAUGGAAUAACUGAUUUGAAGUUCCCAGAACAUUAUCCUACUUCACGGCUAUUAGGUAUGUAUCUUUAUCGUGUUAUAAUUUCAGUUAUUAUUGACUGAUAUUUUGAAAUAAUUGUCAGGAAUAAGAGAUUACUUCUUUCCCUCAUACUAAGACAACAUGUACAUCUUAGUGAUUUUCGCAAAUGCACAAAUAAUACAACAGUUCACUUGUGUACUUCGUUGCAUCUCACUGAUUGUGGAAAAAUUUCCAAUCGUAUUUUGGUGACCUUAGUUUCUAUUUAUAAAUAUGUUUGUAUCUUCCAACGCGGGUAAGUGUUGAUUACAAAAACAAAGAUAUAUUUAUAACUUAUAAACUUCAUCCAAGAAGAUUUUAUGUUCUUUUCAUCUGUUUCUUCUUCUACCCCUUCUUUUGGGGGAGCCAAGGGUGUUGCUCUUAGAUUUUCGUUUAAUAUCAGUGGUUUUGCUAGUAAUUAUCGAUUCAUUACGAGAUGAGGUGGCUUGUUGAAACCUGAUACUCCUUAAAAUUGGUGCGUUGCCACUUUGUACUAAAAAUUUCAAGUUGCUUGUUUAAAAUUCUGAACCGUGCUUGGAAAUUGACGCUGAGACUGUUAUUUGUAGGUAAACCCCGUGCCAGAUUCAGUUCAGUUUGGCUUUGAAUCUGAAAAAGAGAUGACAGAACAGCGUUCAAAUUUUCUGUACACAUUAGUAUGCGAUGUUUUCUGAAAAUUUAAUCAAUUAUGGCGGGAAUAUGGUCGUGUAAUUAUUUUUUAGCGACCUGGCUCAGUCAAUUGGAAUGUCUAGCGUUAAGCCUAUUGGGUAGUUUAACUAUGAUCUUUUUAGGACAGUUCCCUCUUUUAUGUUUCUUGAAAGUGUAUUUGCCAGUGGAAAAUUCGAUAUUGGCUGGCAUCUUUUCCUCUUAAGCCGGCAAUCAGAUCCCCAAGAAGCCAGAAGAGUCCGUGGAGUCGGAAUGCGUGCAGAAUUUUAUUAACUGACAUAAUGAUGGCUUCCUCUUGUUAAGUAAAUUUCUACACCGUGUUUUUUGUGGUUUAAACUUAGUUUGCUCCACCUCGUUGAGGGCCUAUGUCAGACAAGGCAUUGGUCAGGAAACAAAACCAUAUCUUGAGUUGCUUAUUUGGCAUUGGCGUCCAAGUUAGACUGAAGACAAUGAUAAUAAAAUUGAUUAAGGUAUUUCUUUAGAAACUUACUGCCAACAAUCUAAGAUGCAGUAAUAAACAUCUGAUCAUAUUGUGCAAUUACCAUGUUCCGUAAGUUUUAUAAAACGUGCACAUUGAUUUUCUAUGAUGAAGAUAUUUUAGUUUAUUGUUUUAGGGUGUGUUGAAGUUGUUGGAUGCGUUAAACGUGAAGAAUUGAUACACUGGGAAGGGGUCCCUGAAUCUGUCGGUAUUUGAUUAUGUUUCAUAUUGAAGUUAUUUAAUGGACACUGAUAUCAAUCAGUAAUCUUUCUUUGAGCAGGUCAGACUUGAAGGGCAAACAGAUUUUUGCUGGCUUUGUGAACAACCACAAGUAUGUCUAUCUUCCUGUGUAUUUUCUAUUCGCCAAGGACUUGUGUGCCGAAAUGAUUUUAUUUUCCUAAUUUUUCGAGAAUUUUUAGGGAGUUGAAUUCUAUUGUUUCGAGCACGUUUCGAUUGGAUAACCCCACCCGCCCACCUUUUUUCGAACGAUGCAGAAACUACUUGUUCCUUUUGAAAUGAGAGGAUAUCAAGGUGUUUACAAUUUGGAAAGAAAGGUACCCAGACCUGAUCUUUAUCUUUCAUGCUGAGUCCACUCUUGUCUCUAGUCAUGCUGUGGUUUUGUUUCGUUCUCCCUCGACCAUGUUCCAGAUCUUCGAGGCAGCUGUCAGAGGUCUUCGUCCGGUCAACCCCCCUCAGCCCAUAAAGUUUCCCCGACCAGACCCCCACGAUCAAUUUUCUUCAAAGCCUGGGUCGAUUAUUGCAGACCGCCAUAGAAUUACAGGACCUCCUGUUGGGAAAACGGCCACUCCCAAUGCAGCAGUUGGUGGCAUGCAAGUUGCAGCUACCCAGAUGUCGAAGAGGAACCAAAGUAAGGAUGCCGUGACACAGAGAAAUCAUUCGAUCCAGAAGAACAAUCGGUUUGAGCUUGAAGAAGCAAGAAAGUCAGCGAGCGUGCCUCAUAGAGAUGAUCCAGGGACGGCCGGUUCUUCAAACAGAAAAAUCUGA